AUGAACGAAGUUGGAUCUUAUGACAUCAACCGUUCACCAACAAGAGGUUCAAAUUCUACUUCAAGUUCAUCUAGAAUCUUACCACCCCCAAAACCAAUCUUCUCAGCAACUACAUACGCUGCUGCAAACCACAAUUUACAACCAGAAUCAAUCUCGGGAUAUAACGAUGGAAGAAUCAGCAGUGGUAGCACUGUUCAAUCUGAAGAAUCAACAAGAAUUAGAGAUCCAUUUCAAAAUGAUCCAGAGUUCAAUGAAAAAGAAUUCAAUGAGAAAUUAGAAGCCCAAGAUACAAAUUACAGCGGUGAAACUUUUGACUUUGAUGAAGAUGAAGAAUCAAGAAACGAAUUUGAUGAAGCAAUGAUGUAUGAAGUUCCAACAGAUGCUCAACCACGUCGUCAUAGAUCAACAAUUCGUAAAACUGUUACAUCAGAAAACGGUAACUUGAUUCUUGAAAACCCAGUUCCAACUAAAUUGGCAUCCUUCUUACCAAGACGAGAUGAAGACGAAUUUUUAUUCAUGAGAUAUUCAGCUUGUACAUCUGAACCUGAUGAUUUUGUUGAUGCUGGCUUCACUUUAAGAGCUGCUAAAUUGAACAGAGAGAUUGAAUUAUGUGUUUGUGUUACAAUGUAUAAUGAAAAUGAAGUUCAUUUAACAAGAACUUUACAUGCUGUGAUGAAAAAUGUCGCCCAUUUAUGCUCAAGAAAUAGAAGUAGAAUUUGGGGUCCUGAUGGUUGGAAAAAAGUUCAAGUUAUUAUUGUUAGUGAUGGUAGAGCUAAAGUUAAUGAAAACGCUUUAGAUGUGCUAGCUGCAAUGGGUGUUUAUCAAGAUGGUAUUGCUAAAUCAUUUGUUAACUCUAAAGAAGUUAAAGCCCAUCUUUUUGAAUACACUACUCAAGUUUCUUUGGAUCCAGAUUUAGAAUUCAAAAGUGCUGAAAAAGGUAUUGUCCCUGUUCAAGUUUUGUUUUGUUUGAAAGAACAAAAUAAAAAGAAGAUCAAUUCACAUCGUUGGUUAUUUAAUGCUUUCUGUCCAGUUCUUGAUCCAAAAGUUGUUGUUUUAUUAGAUGUUGGUACAAGACCAAACACUACAGCUUUAUACCAUCUAUGGAAAGCUUUUGAUAGGGAUUCAGAUAUUGCUGGUGCAGCUGGUGAAAUUAAAGCAUUGAAAGGUAAAGGAUGGAGAAAGUUAUUAAACCCAUUAGUUGCUUCACAAAAUUUUGAAUAUAAAAUGUCAAAUAUUUUAGAUAAACCUUUGGAAUCAUCAUUUGGUUAUAUCUCAGUCUUACCUGGUGCUUUAUCUGCUUAUCGUUAUACAGCUUUGAAAAAUCAUGAUGAUGGAACAGGUCCAUUGAACUCAUAUUUCAAAGGUGAACAAUUGGAUGGCCCUAAUAGAGACGUCUUUUCUGCAAAUAUGUAUUUAGCUGAAGAUAGAAUUCUGUGUUGGGAAUUAGUUGCAAAGAGGGGUGACAAAUGGUUAUUGAAAUAUGUUAAAGAAGCUAAAGGUGAAACAGAUUUACCAGAAUCUGUACCAGAAUUCAUUUCACAAAGAAGAAGAUGGUUAAAUGGUGCACUUUUCGCUGCUAUUUUCUCUCAAGUUCAUUUCAGACAAGUUUGGAACACUAAUCAUUCAAUGGGUAGAAAGAUUGCCUUACAUAUUGAGUUUUUCUAUCAGUUCCUUCAAUUAUUGUUUUCUUGGUUCUCAAUUGCAAACUUUUACUUAACAUUCUACUUUUUGGCUGGUGCUUUGAGUGGUAAUAAGAUCAUUCCACAUAAUGGUGGGUUCUGGCUAUUUACCAUCUUCAACUACAUAUGUGUUGCUACCUUAUGUGCUAUGUUUAUUAUUUCAAUGGGUAAUAGACCACAAGGUGCUGAACAUUUAUUCAUUACAUCUAUGGUGCUGCUAUCAUUAUGUUCAACAUAUGCUUUGAUUUGUGGGUUAUUCUUUGUUUUCCGUACAUUGAAUAUGAGAAAUACUGGUGGUGAUGUUUCAGAGAAUACAUUUGUCAAUAUUGUUGUUUCUUUAUUAUCCACUUAUGGGUUAUAUGCUGUUAUGUCUAUUUUAUAUUUGGAUCCAUGGCACAUUAUCACUUGUUCCUUCCAAUAUUUCUUAUUAUUACCAUCAUAUACUUGUACUUUACAGAUUUUUGCAUUCUGUAAUACACAUGAUGUUUCAUGGGGUACAAAAGGUGAGAAUAAUCCAACAAAGAGUUUAGGUACUGCUAUCAUCAAGAAAGAUAGUUCUGGUCAUGAAAUUGUUGAAGUUGAAAUGCCAUCAGAUCAACUAGAUAUUGAUGGUGCUUAUAGAUCAACUUUGAACAACAUCUCAAUUCAAAGAGUUAGAAACAAGACUCCAGAAAAGGAACCAAGACCAGAAAUUCCAGGUGAAGAUUAUUAUAGAGAUGUUAGAACAAGAGUCGUUUUAACUUGGUUAAUCACAAAUUUGAUCUUGGUUAUGAUUGUUUCACAAAUUUAUUCACCAACUGAGACUUCAAGUAAUAAAUAUUUAGCAUUUAUCUUGUGGUCAGUUGCUGCUUUAGCUGCAUUUAGAGCUGUUGGUUCUACAUGGUUCUUGAUCACUAAAUACACUCGUUCAAUUUUGGAAGCCAAACACAGAAUGGAAGAUGGUGGUCACACUCCUAGUUUCUCUGUUAAGAAAUGGUUCAAGCGUGAUUCAGAUUGA